AUGACCGACUUUAGCGACGAGCUCGACGGAUACCUCAAGGCCCGGACCGCAACCCAGGACCAAGAGACCUUCGAAACCGCCGCCGCAAACGCUGCAGCCGACGCGCUCUUUGGUCACUCAUUCGCUCACCCUCACCCUGAUGGUUUCCAAUCGACUCAGGACUCUCCUGCAUUCGCUCAGCAUCCUCAGACGCUAAUGUGGCAUGAUGCCACGACGGGGACUUUUUCUUAUUAUGAUGCGGGGUCCGGGACGUAUAUUCCUGUUGAUGGACCUAACGCUCCGCAUCCUCACCCACAGCAACAGCAACCACAACAGCAACCGCAGCAACAACAACAACAACAACAGCAGCAGGAGUAUCAUGCUUACUCAACCUCUGCGGCUUCGUACGAUUCUCCAGGAGGCUAUCACAUCGACCCUUACACCGGAUACCCCAUCGAGACCACGCCAGCAGGAGCAGCAGGAGGAGCUGGACAAUACUAUGAAGCACCACCCGAGAGUGAUGCUACCCUACGACUCUGCGUACUUUCCUCCAAGAUUCUCAAGGUUGCGGGGGUCAUUCUAAUGGACGCGUCAGGGAUCUCGUUUGGCAGGGAUCGGCCGUUGAGUGGACAGGGGAAGCGUGUCCGGAUGAUUGAGAUGGAGAUCAGUCGUUAUCACGGGAGCAUUUAUCUAGAUCGACAACUGGUUGCGCCGGAGGCCCAUGGGUCUACGGCAUAUUCACAUUUUGAGUCGGCGGGAGCAGUAGGGACUCCAGCAGUUGAAUCGGCGGCGAUGGUAGAGAUGCGCUUGGACGAGAGCAAUCCGACGGUGGAGGAGGAGGAGGAGGAGGUCAAUGACGAUGGGGCGACGACACAGUCAGUAGAGGUUGACCUGUCGGAGGAGACUGCUACAAGGCAGGAGGCAGAGAGCAGUAGCAGUAAGGACGAAAACUCUUCAUUACGUGAACAGGAUACAUCACUGUCUCCCACAACGAUACAGGGCGAACAGGAUCAGGAAGCAGAGGAUGGCGAGAUACCCGAUUCUCCACUGGGCGCUGGCGCACGGGUGCAGAACCAUCGAGAACAGGGCGAGAUGAGCGACGACGAAGGCAAGGCCGAUGGAUCUGAGAAGCAGGUCGCUAUCGACGUCCAAGAAGAAGAGCAACAAAGGCAGUACAAAGAGUACCAACGACAAUUGGAAGAAUACCAACAAUACUACCAGAGCAUGGCCCCCCCAGUGUACGUCGACACCUUCCAGAUCAUUGAUUGCGGUUCUACUCAUGGAACCUUCCUCAAUGGACAACGACUCUCGGACGCCAAGACUGCCAGCCAACCCUUCCCGCUGAAUCAUCUCGAUCAGUUACAGCUGGGCUCGACUGUCUUUGAGAUCCAUGCGCAUGAGGAAGGGAGGAUUUGUGGCUCGUGCCAGGUGACAGAUGAUAAUGAGAUUGAGGUGCUUGACGACAAAAACCAAGAGACAGAUGGAUCCAAGGCCUCUGGAGGAGACGCCGCCAAUAAUAGCGGCGGUAGCAACAAAAACUCGUCAAUGUUGGCAGGCGACAUCAAGUUAUCACGAGAGCAGGAGCGGAUCGACGAGAUGAACCGGUUACGGAAGAAAUGGGCUGGUCCUGAUCGGAAGACCACCGGGAAGCGCUCUGGUGGCGGUAGAGGCGGAUACCAUGACGGCUCCGGAUCAUCAACCUCAUCACCGUCCUCAGACUAUGGUGCCACUUCAGGAUACGUCGACCGGGCUGCGAAACGGCGACAGUUCAACCCAGACAAUUCCCAGCCCAUCCGCUCAGGUAUGCCCGACCACUCUUCAGCCCCUGAGGUAGUCUCCGGUUUCCAUGUUCCCGUAGCCAAAACCAACAAGGGCCAUGCGAUGCUGAGCAAGAUGGGCUGGAAGGCAGGCACGGGCCUCGGCGCAACGCGACAGGGUGUUGUCGAACCUGUGCAGUUAUUGGUUGCGGACAAAAAGGCUGGCCUCGGCUCCAAGACUAUACAAUCCCAGGGCGCUGCUGCCAUCUCUGCAUCCCGACUACCAGAAACCCAGGCUGAAAUAGCACGGCGCAAAGCGCGUGAAAGAUUUGCACAAUUGAAAUAA